CCCCCUCUCCGCUUCGAAGCAUCUCAGUCUCUCCACCCUCUCAAGCAACGAUGUCUAAGUUCGCACUCUCUGUACUGUCGGUGCUACUUUGCGCCUCCUACUGCCACCUCGCCGUAGCCCUCAUCGACGGUUUGCUGCCCAAUGGCGAUUUCGAAUACGGGCCCAAGCCAUCAGAUAUGAAAGGGACGGUGGUGAUCAACCGCCACGCGAUACCGGAAUGGGAACUUUCCGGCUUCGUCGAGUACAUCAAGGCGGGACAGAAGCAGGGUGAUAUGCUACUAGUGGUACCGGCGGGAGAGUUUGCGGUUAGGCUAGGGAAUGAAGCUUCAAUCAAACAGAAGGUGAAGGUGAUAAAGGGAAUGUACUACUCCAUAACCUUCAGCGCUGCUCGGACCUGCGCACAAGAGGAGCGGCUGAACGUGUCGGUGGCGCCGGACUCCGGCAUCCUCCCCAUCCAGACCACGUACAGUAGCAACGGUUGGGACUCCUACGCGUGGGCCUUCCAGGCUGAUUACCCAGAAGUGGAGAUAGUCAUCCACAACCCAGGUGUAGAGGAGGAUCCCGCUUGUGGGCCUCUUAUUGAUUCCGUGGCUCUCAAGGCCCUAUAUCCUCCUAGGCCCACUAACAAGAACCUUCUGAAGAAUGGAGAUUUCGAAGAAGGCCCUUACAUUUUCCCCAACACAUCGUGGGGAGUCCUCGUCCCACCCAACAUCGAAGACGACCACUCUCCGUUGCCCGGCUGGAUGAUCGAAUCCCUGAAAGCCGUGAAAUACAUCGACGCCGAGCAUUUCUCGGUGCCGCAGGGAAGACGGGCGGUGGAGCUCGUUGCAGGGAAGGAGAGCGCCAUCGCGCAGAUAGCUCGGACCAUUCCGGGCAAGGUCUACACGCUCACGUUCGCAGUGGGAGAUGCCAACAACAAAUGCGAAGGCUCCAUGGUCGUCGAGGCGUUUGCCGACCGGAACACCGUGAAGGUCCCAUAUGAGUCGAAGGGAACGGGAGGCUUCAAGCGUGCCGUGCUCCGGUUCACGGCCGUUUCCACGCGCACACGGAUAAUGUUCCUGAGCACAUUCUACACCAUGAGGAGCGACGACAUGGCCUCCCUCUGCGGGCCUGUCGUCGAUGAUGUAAAGUUGCUGAGCAUUCGCAACCCGCGGCGAGUUUGAGCCCGGAGGUGACGUUCCCGUCACUCGCUUAAUGUAUUGUUAGCUUCUUCUGGUAUACUUGAAUGUUUUUUGCUGUAAGGCCAGCAAUAGAUCCAUGAUCUGAGAUUAUCCAGUUCCAGUAAUAUAUAUAUACUAGUGCCAUAGACAGUUGACACCAGUGUGAUUUCAUUUAGUGUCUAUGUGAAGCUCUGGCAAAAUAAAGGAGAAAAAGGAAAACAUAAUUGUAACCGAGUGUCCCCUUGUAUUAUUAGCAGCACCCAGUUUGAUUUCUCAUCAAAGUCAUAGAACCAUUGUUGCAGUAGAAUUACAGGAUAUGAAAUGGGAAACCUCCCAAUAAUAAAUGAUGGCAUGAUCUGUUUGUUUUA